AAGACAUUCUUUAUUCAUUCGACAGCCUUACAGCUAUAGCUACAGCCACAUCCCUACGGCUGAAUAGUUCUAUUUCUUAAUCGAGGUCCAAGGAAUUAUAGUACAUAGUACAGUAUUAGCGCUCUCCUUUCAAGCUUUGUUUACACCAAGCCUGACAGCGGCCAACAACACACGUGACCAAAGACUGUCAUGCCUAAACUAGGUACGGAUAGGUAGUUCCAGAAUAUCAAAAUACCAUCAUACGUCUACAGUAGAUUGAUAUCUAUCUGCGUUCAAAAUCAUACUUAUUAAACAAGAAGUUCUUUCAUUUUAGAUGCUGAGAUUAAUAAACGUUCUUCCACUACAACAAACACCAACCUUCAUUGAAGCCGAUUAAUACAAUCAUCAGCUUAUCCAUAUUAAAUUCGCAACCCAAUUCGUUCGCAUCUCAUCCUGAAGUACCCCGCCAAUACCAAUAAUUUAGAUAACCAUCGACACUACGGAUAUCCCCAUCACCAUGGCAGACGUAGAAAUGGCAGAUGCCCCACCAGCUACAGGAAAGAAGAACGGUCUUAAGAAGGCUGGAGGUGGUGAAGGUUCGGAAGGCAAAAAGCGCUUCGAAGUGAAGAAGUGGAACGCGGUAGCUUUGUGGGCAUGGGACAUUGUUGUUGAUAACUGCGCUAUCUGCAGAAAUCACAUUAUGGAUCUUUGUAUCGAAUGUCAAGCAAACCAAGCCUCUGCCACAAGUGAGGAGUGCACUGUAGCUUGGGGAAUUUGUAACCACGCUUUCCAUUUUCAUUGCAUCUCGCGCUGGUUGAAGACACGCCAAGUUUGCCCACUUGAUAAUAGAGAUUGGGAGUUCCAGAAGUAUGGUCGUUAAGUUGGGGGUUUGGGAUUGUAUUUGGGAUUGAAUGGGAUAUUUGAGGAAGAUGGUGAAGCUACGGACAUGAAUGAAGUAUAAUAUACCAAAAAGAGCGGCACGAAUCCCAUCUGCGCGGUUCAUCCGAGACCCAGUAGGAGACAAAUGGAGAAUUUCUGGCAGGAAUGGCGUUAAGGACACAGAAGUAGAGCGAAACUUUUGGUACAAUGUAGCUUUCAAUGUGAAGCUUUUUAUUUGUGCCAAUAUAUUGUUUGCAUUUUGAGGUAUUCCCAAUCCUGUGACGCCCCCAGAUUAAAUAUCCCUUGAACAUUUCUUCAACCAACCGUCUUUCCGUCCACAACAAUCCCUUGUGUCGAUGCAUCCCGUCCACCUAAAGGUAACCAUCUAACGGGAUGUUUCUUGUAGAAGGGCCAUGGAGGCACAACGAUGGCGAAGGUAAAUGCGGUUCCAAGUAAACCGAAAGCAAGCGCUAGUUUGAUAUCUUGUUUGAAGAAACCAACAAAGAAGGGAAUGGUUUACUCCGGAGAUUGCUAAUAGAGCUGUUGUCAAGAAUUCUGCCAAUCUCUGACCUUCAAAGUCCUACACACGCAACCGGGAAUCAGCAUCAGACCCAGCUUUAUGACCUUCAAUAAUAUGAUUGUAUACGAACAAUUUGCCCUUCGGCAAGAUCCCGAACCUGGUCAAGAAUUUGGUCUGUCAUCUUCGUGAUUUGUGUGCAAAGUUGGAUGACCGAUUUAUUACAGAAGCAACGGAUCAAGCCUUUUACUAGAUAAGAACGUCGAUUUUGUGAAAUGUUACCAAGUUCUGAAGUGUCCCUUGAAGCUUAAGUUGAGGCCACACUUCAGCCUUGUCAUGAUUACAGGCACC